UGGUAAUAGCAACAUGGCGGCGACUGUUCAAAAUAAUAUGAGCCACUUUGACUUAAUUUAUUGCAAUUUCGGUAAAAGAUUUAGCGGCGUCUGCAUGGUUCUGUAACAUCCACUUCCAUCUUCAAUACUAAACAUCACUGAUUCAGCAUCUUCACCAGCUAGUUCGUCACCCUCAUCACCUUCAGCACCUCCUCCGUCAUCACCAACACGAUGCCUUCGCGAUCGGGCACUGUGAAGAUCUUCCUUGGAAACCUGAGUGACUCGGCGACACCAGAUGAUGUACGGCCGCUGUUUGAGGAAUAUGGCACCGUGGUCGAGGCCGAUGUCAUCAAGAACUAUGGCUUUGUGCACAUGGAGAGUGAGCCGGACGCACAGCGGGCCAUCGCCGCUCUGAACGGUAAAACGGUGCGCGGAAAGCCAAUGGUGGUGGAGAUGUCAACGGGAGUGAACCGACGCAGCCAGGCCAGACGUGGGAGAUGUAAGAUAUUUGUCGGAAAUCUCCACAAGGACACGACAACUGACGAACUGCGCGGCCUGUUCCUUCCGCACGGGAAUGUCGUCGAAGCGGACAUCAUCGCCAACUAUGCUUUCGUGCACAUGGAGACUGAGGACCAGGCCCAAGCCGCUAUAGACGCCCUCCAAGGUGUACAGCUUCACGGCCAGGAGGUCCGUGUACAGCUGUCGACGAGUAGUGUCAGGCCGGUCCCAGGGAUGGACAGAGCCGAUAUCUGCUUCAGAUGUGGCAGUCCCGGACAUUGGAGUAAAGAUUGUGGACGCCAAGAGGUGGCGCCGAGUGCCUACGCUGCCGUGCCCGCGGCGGCGGUGGACUGGAGUAGCUACUCCGCCGCUACGCUGGGGGCCCGUGAGAGGGCGCGUUACGCUCCCUACCCGGCCUACGCGCCGCCGCCGGCCUCUUACAGACGCGAGCCAUACUAUGAG